AUGAACAGAUCAAUUAAUAUAUUAUUAAUUGGACGUUGUCGUCCAUUAGUUAUUUCUUAUCGUUUGAUUUCAAAUAAAAAAUAUGAAGGAAUUCGAGAAAGUUUUGAUGAAGAUCAAGCUCGUCUUUAUUUUGAUCAAUGGCUUAAAUCUUUGUGGUUUGCACCGGGUGGAUGGACUCAAUCAACGAAAGAUGAUGCUAUUACUAUCACAAAACGUUACGUACCAUUUUGGAAUUUAUCUCUUUAUGGUUCAAUUAGUUCUUCUCUUAAAAUUACACAAAAUACAAUGCGAGCAAGUGGAAAAACUUAUGCUCCAAGUCAACAAACGUAUUCAGUUCCUAUAACAAUGAAUAAUAUUUCUUUAACUAAUGUUAAUAUAUAUGCAGCUCAAACACUUGAUAGAUAUCAUUUAAAUAAAUUAAAGAUUCAUUUUUAUAAUAAUCAAAUUGUUAAUCUUAGCAAUCAAGAAAAAUAUAUUGAACAAUGGACUGUUGAUAAAGAUACUGCAUUUCAAAUUGGUUGGGAUCUUAAUAUUGUACCAGAAAUCAAAGAAUUAUCUAAACAACAAGCACAACAAAUGUAUCCAAAUUAUAGUAACUAUCAAGUUGAAUCAUUUCAUUUUGAUAUAAAUACAAAAAAAGAACGUAUUUUAUAUUAUCCAAUCUAUGUUAUUAAUUAUGAGUAUGGUGCACAAACAAAUUUUACAUGUUUAGUUAAUGGUGUAACAGGUGAAGUAGAAGGUGAUCGACAAUAUUCAAUGGCUAAAGUCACCUUAGCUACAUUAGUUGGUUUUUAUCCAGCGGCCUUAGCAGCAAUAGUUAGUUUAGGUUCACUUAUUGAUCCAUCUAUUGGUAUCACACUUGCAUCUUUACUUUCAUUUAAAACAUCGAUUCCAAUUGCUUGUGUUGUGGCACCCCUUGUAGGUCUUUAUGCUAAAAAUUAUCCUAAAAUAUAUCGACAAAGAAUUAGUCAACAACAAUGGCACAACUAUUCAUCAAAUGCAUAUCAAUUUACUUAUGAUUUUACGGCUCCAUUCCAACAACAAUAUCAAUCUUAUAGACAACAACAACAACAAUCUAAUCAACAACAAUAUCAACGACAACAACAGCAACAAUAUCAACAACAAUCUAAGCAACAACAACAACAACAACAACGUACAAGAGAAUCAGGUACACGACAAAAAGAAGAAGCGCCACUGGAUUUGUAUAACUUAUUAUCUGUUAGUCGAACAGCUACUGACAAAGAAAUCAAACGUGCUUAUUUAACGAAAGCAAAAGAACUUCAUCCUGAUAAAAAUCCAGGUGAUAAAAAUGCUGAAGAAUUAUUUAAAAAAGUCAAUCAGGCAUAUGCCAUUUUAUCAGAUAAAUUCAAACGAGAACAAUAUGAUAAAUAUGGUUAUGAAAGUGUUAAAUAUAAUUAG